UUUCUUCUUCCUCAAUCGUUUCAUCAAAUAGAGAGAGAGAGAGAGAGAGAGAGAGAGAGAGAUUCAGAAUCUCUCUUUCCCGGGAAUUAAAGCUCUCUAGAAUAUAAAAUGGUGGAUUCCGGGAAAGAGUUUUUGAUGUUAGAUAGUUACAAUAGCAUCCCAUGGCUAAUUUGGAUCCAAUUGUUCGUCUUCGUCCUUCUCUUACUCCUCCUUUGUCUCGUCGGAGUCUUCUCCUUAGAUACCGGAGAUAAUAGUUUCUCUUCUUCUGAUUCUGUUCCUUCUACCUCCGGUUCAUCUCUUUCUAAGCGAUUUCUUUCUGGGAAUCCGGUUCCGAUUAGCCACCACGGUUUGGGUUUCUCUAUACAGUCUCAUCAGGUUGGAAGUUCUCAAAGCAUAAAAGGAGAGAUAACACCAGCUGUAACAAGGAGAGUGACAACAACAGAGGAAGAAGCAGAGGGUUCGUUGGAGAAAGAUUCGAGUCAUAGUUUGCAUCAUCCGUGUAAUUUGUUUAGGCUGGCUGGAUCUGCGUUUCUAAAAUGUUUCGGGAUUGACAGGACUACNUUACGCGUGGGGGAGUCUCUCUCUCUCUAUCUAUUCUUUUUCUUUUUAUCGAAGGGGACCCUACUAACAUGCGCCAGGGGUUUUCACUUUUCAUCUUUCACUUUUUCACUUGUGAUGAAAAAGAACUCUCGUGCACCAUCAAACUUGCUCCGUCCUUAUGGAAUUCUAAUCAUUACAUAA